GUUAACCACGGAUGGUGUGUCCUUGGACUUUUUCUUACUCGUUGGGAAGGAUGCACCAGGAGAUAAAGUCCGAGACUAAGAAAGGAAGUGACACCUGGUGAGUUCUGGGACGUUGUGGUCAUUACAGCUGCUGAUGAAAGACAAGAGCUGGUAUUUGAGCAGCAGAUCAGCAGCAAGCUGGAGAAGAAUGAGCUUCCCCUCAACGUGCGGUAUCAUGUGUUUGCUGAUCCAAUGGGGCCAAAAAUUGGAAACGGAGGAUCUACACUCCUUGCUCUUCAUCGAUUAGAGGAACUCUAUGAAGACAAGUUGGAUAGCUUCACUAUUCUUCUAAUUCAUGCUGGAGGUUACAGCCAACGUUUGCCGAGUGCCAGUGCACUGGGGAAGAUCUUUACUGCUCUGCCUUUGGGCAACCCUGUUUACCAAAUGCUGGAGCUCAAGCUGGCGAUGUACAUUGACUUCCCCACCCACAUGAAGCCUGGGGUCCUGGUGACCUGUGCUGAUGACAUUGAGCUCUACAGUGUAGGUGAGACUGAGGCCAUAUGCUUCAAUAGGCCUGGUUUCACUGCCCUCGCUCAUCCUUCUUCCUUAUCCAUUGGCACCACACAUGGCGUCUUUGUGCUGGAGCAAGGCCCAGUGGAGGGUAUUCAGAAGGAGCUGGAGUAUAAAGCCUGUUGCCGCUUCCUGCACAAGCCCAGUGUGGAGGUGAUGCAGGUGAUGGGGGCAGUCUGCAGGGCAGCCCAGGGACCCGGGAGUGGCGGAAACACUAAUAAGGAGGUGAAUUUUGUCUACACGGAUAGCGUCUACUACUUUGAUCGACCAACAGCCAAGCGGUUACUAGCAAUCCUUGGAGAGAUUGGCACCCUCAGUUGUGAGAUUGAUGCAUAUGGUGAUUUCCUCCAGGCGCUGGGGCCUGGUUCCACAGCAGAUUACACCAGAAACACAGCCAAUGUUAGCCAGGAGGAGGAGCAGCUGGUGGCUGUUCGACAGAAGAUCUUCUCCUGUCUCCAAGGGACGCCGCUUAAUGUGGCCAUGUUGAACAACUCCAAAUUCUAUCACCUGGGCACCGCCCAGGAAUAUCUGCACCACUUGACAGCAAAUGUGACCCUGAGAGCGCAGCUUGGGAUGCUCUCUGACUCCAGUGGAAUUGGACAGCUCUGCCUUGAGAGUUAUGGCCAGGCUCCAUGCAUCAUCGAGAGCCUGGUGGGGCUGAGGUGCAACAUAUCUCCUGGCAGCAUAAUUGAGUACUCCCGGCUGGGGCCUGGCAGCUGUGUGGGCACCAACAGUAUUGUCAGCGGGUGCUGCAUUAGAGAGAAUUCCACCAUACCCCCUGACACCUUCCUGCACUCGCUGUGCAUCCCAGGGGGCUUCGCCACUGUGAUGUUUGGGACAGGAGACAACCUCAAGUGCACAGUCCCAUCCCUGUCGGAGAUCCAUGAGCUGCAGUUGCUGGGCAUUGAUUUCCGAGAGGCUACCAUGCGCCUGGGCCUGAAGAUCUCCGAGCAUCUUUUCUCCGGCAGUGGGAGAAUCCGCCCCAGCCUGUGGAAUGCCAGGAUCUUCCCUGCCCCACACGUGAGGGCCGAAGACUCAGUGGCGGUGGUCCUGGAGAUGUUUGAAGCCCUGCGGGGAAAAUCAGUCCUUCAGUUGGCGGAUGAUGUUCAAUUGCUUUCCAUCGAAGAAAUACUCCAAUGCAAAGAAGUGAUGAGCAUGCUGAGUUUCAGAGAGCAGCUCACUGAAGAAAUUAGCCAGAGAAGACAUGCUGGGAAAAAAUAAAUUGAAGGCCUUAUAAUUUAUUUAUAUAGAGAUUUCUUUUUAUCGUGUCCCAAAAUAAGCAGCAAGUUACAAAUAUUGACUUCUAUCAUACCAAGAAUGCAGAACUAGUAGAUGUAGAAAUGAUGUUUCCAUUUUUGGGGAGUCAGACGACAGGCCAUAAAUAUAUAAAUUCAAUAGGGAAUUCAGGAAAAACGUCCUUAGCCAGAGUGAUAAGAAUCUGGAACUUGCUACCACAAGGAGUAGUUGAAGCGAAUAAAAUUGAUGCAUUUGAGAGGGAAGCUAGAUAAAUUCAGGUGAGGAAAAAAUAGAAAAUUUGCUGAUAGAGUGGGAGGCGGCUUAUAUGGAGUAUAAAAUCCAGCUUAGACCAUUUGGGCCGAUGGCUUGUGUCUGCGUUCUAUAUAUCUAGUCAUCUUUCCCACUGUACCUGAACUUGGUUAUGCAGGGCAUAAUUUCAAAGUUUUCAGAUGACACAAAAGUAUAUAUACAGUUUUAAAGAGGCUGCAGGGACAGAAGGCCUAGGGAUGGAUGUACAGAAAUCUUUCAAGGUGGUGGGAUAAGCCAAUAAGGCUCUUUUUAAAAAAAAUUGUGUUUAUUAUUAGAGGCAUAGAGUACAAAAGUAAUGAGGUCAUACUAAAUCUUUAGAAAUCACUGGCUGAGCCUCUGGUUGAAUUGCUUCCAAUUCUGGGCACCACACUCUUGGAAGGAUGUCAGUGCCGUGGAGAGGGUGCAGAGGAGAUUUAUUCGAAUGGAACCAGUGAUGAGGGACUUCAGUUACGAGAGAACAGGGGUCAAAAUAAUUUCUGUCAAGGACUGUUCUUGAGAUUUUCUCGAGGGCCACUUUAUGAUUUUCGGGAGUUCCUUUCUCAUUCUCGCAGUAACAAAGUAACAUUACCUUCUGUAUUUGUUUUGAAUAUUUUUAGGGUUUUCUUCUUUGAAUAGAUAGCCCUGUCAAGAAGAUAUAAUAAUUCUCAUAAUGUUAUUGGAAUGUAUCGUAAAACAGAGUAAUAGUGAGAUGUGUCAGUAUACGUGUGUAAGACUUAAUUGAAUUAGUCUGGGUGCUUUGAUCUAAGAGAGGUUAGGUUUGAAAUGUUAAUUAGGUAAACAUGGGGAAGUUUAGAAACAUAGGUGUCAAGGGAACAUUUGCAUUUUGAAAUAAACCAGACUAGAUUGUUUUCAAAGGAGGGGUGAAAUGUGUCACCUAGCCAGGUGAAGUUUAGAAACUGUGUGCUUAUUUUUCCCAAAGAUUAUUGGUAAAACUUAGUGCUUUGAGAGGGUUUUGUUGUCAGGGAGAUAAAGUCCAAAGACAUACUGAAACAAUGGGUAUUUUCAUUCAAAGAUGAAGAUAUGAUUAAAGAAGGACCAAGGACUGUGUGUAAGGGAAGACAUUUUUAAGAUCUGAGAAGUACGAAAAGUCUUCAGCAACUGUGCUUCAAGUUGUUGUCUUCAAAGGACUGAAGUUAAGAAAACUCACUUGGAAGUCGACUUAUUCAGGGUAUCAUGCCUGCAUCUUUUAAAAUCUGUGUGUCUUACUGUUGCCUUAACAAAAGUGUAACUGGAAGUUAGAUCUACAAAUUACUACUAUGAUAACUUCUAAAUCCCCUAAUCAAUCUAUGUAUGUAUUUAAAAUAAUUUCUCUUAAUAAAUGUUUAAUCUAGUCUUAUAAAAAACCUAUAAGUCUUGGCGACCUUAUUACUACUGAAUUUAAGGCACGCAUCUCAAAAUUUAUACAAAUUGAAAAUUAGU